GCCUCGUACACAAACACACCAGUGACUCAACAUUUUCAACAUCCUUUAGAACCAAACACAAACGCACACAACAACAACACAAAAACAUAUAAGAGAAGAAACAGACAAGUACACACUAUAAAACCAAAAUCUCUUUAACUCUUAACAAUAAAACCAAACACAUAGUUCAAACCAACACACUUCUUCUUUUCCCAUUACCUUCUUUUCAAUUUCACAUUCUUUUUUUCUAUUUUAAGUACAACUUCACUCUCUCUUAGAUCUCAAUCUUCUAAAUCACCAAAGGCUCAUUUUUUGGUCUCUUUUUUUCAACCCUUUAUUUAUUAUUAAUAGAAAAAAUAGUAAAUUAGUAAAUUUUUCUUGCACACUGAGUUUUCCAUACACAAGUAGAAUCCUAUCUUAAGCUUUGAAAACUGUUAUUUUCUGUCAAUUCCUUGCACAGAGCCAGCAUUUAAGACACUGGUUUAGUUACCUUAACAAUAAAUUUAAGACCCUAUAGACUAUUUCUUUCUAUUGGAGCAAAAAAAACAUAGAGAAAGUGAAGUUUUAGUUCAAAAUUACCGCAACAAUUGGCCUAUAAGAUGACUUUGGCUUGUUAACUUCUUCUCUUUAUUGCUUUGAUUGAGAUGAGUAACGUGUUGUGGUAGCAGUUACGAGAAAGUUUCACUGACAGACACAAACACAUGACACACUAAAAAAAAUAAACAAAAGACUCUGUUUUUUCUCUGUUUCUGUGCUUAUAAAUCUUGUUGAGAAAGCCUCACGAACCAAACAUUGAAUAAUAUUAGUAUUUGAACUUUGAAGAUCUUUUGUAAUCUGAGAAACAAUGUUGUCAGAGAAACAAGGUGAAGAAGCAAUGAUGUCAAGUCUUAAUGAAACAAUUGAGUUGAAUGAAGAAAGAGAGGAUGAAAAAGGAGGUAAUUCAGGUUCUAGCUUCAAGAACUUUCUUUGGAAUGGUGGUUCUGUUUAUGAUGCUUGGUUUAGUUGCGCUUCAAAUCAGGUUGCACAGGUUCUGUUAACACUGCCAUACUCAUUUUCUCAGCUAGGAAUGAUUUCAGGAAUCUUAUUCCAAAUCUUCUAUGGAUUGCUUGGUAGUUGGACUGCUUAUUUGAUUAGCAUUCUCUAUGUUGAAUACAGAACCAGAAAAGAGAAAGAGAAUGUCAGCUUCAAAAAUCAUGUCAUUCAGUGGUUUGAAGUGUUGGAGGGUUUACUUGGUCCUUAUUGGAAAGCCUUAGGAUUGGCUUUCAACUGCACUUUCCUUCUCUUUGGAUCUGUUAUCCAGCUCAUAGCUUGUGCAAGUAACAUAUACUACAUAAAUGAUCACUUGGACAAAAGGACUUGGACUUACAUUUUUGGAGCUUGUUGUGCCACAACAGUGUUCAUACCUUCAUUUCAUAACUAUAGAAUUUGGUCUUUUCUUGGCCUUGGUAUGACCACUUACACAGCUUGGUAUAUGACCAUUGCAGCCCUUCUUCAUGGCCAGGUUGAAAAUGUGGUUCACUCGGGCCCAAAGAAAAUGGUUUGGUAUUUCACUGGCGCCACAAACAUACUCUAUACUUUCGGCGGGCACGCAGUCACAGUGGAAAUCAUGCAUGCAAUGUGGAAACCUCAGAAGUUCAAAAGUAUAUAUUUAUUUGCUACACUUUAUGUGUUCACACUUACCCUACCAUCUGCUAUUGCUGUUUAUUGGGCCUUUGGUGACCAACUUUUGGACCAUUCCAAUGCUUUUUCUCUUCUUCCUCGUAAUGGAUGGCGUGAUGCUGCUGUAAUCUUAAUGCUCAUUCAUCAGUUUAUCACAUUUGGAUUUGCUUGUACACCAUUGUACUUUGUAUGGGAGAAAGUGAUAGGAAUGCAUGACACAAAGAGCAUAUUUUUAAGGGCACUUGCAAGGUUACCAGUGGUGAUACCAAUAUGGUUUUUGGCUAUAAUUUUCCCUUUCUUUGGUCCCAUAAACUCAGCUGUUGGGGCUCUUUUGGUUAGUUUCACUGUCUAUGUCAUCCCUGCUUCUGCUCAUAUGCUCACUUAUAGGUCUGCUUCUGCAAGACAGAAUGCUGCUGAGAAAUUGCCCUACUUCCUCCCAAGUUGGACAGCAAUGUAUGUGAUCAAUAUAUUUGUGGUGGUGUGGGUUACUAUUGUAGGGUUUGGAUUUGGAGGUUGGGCUAGUAUGACAAAUUUCAUAAAGCAAGUUGACACAUUUGGACUAUUUGCUAAAUGUUACCAAUGUCCACCAAAACUACCACCUUCCAACCACACAAUGCAUCAUUGAAAAGUUAAAACUAUAUAUUAUGGUCUUUUCUUUGUUUGAGUCAUAUUUUCAUUCUCUUUUUGUUCAAUCACUAUAUAGAUACAUUAUUGUUAAUGUUGGUGUUCCCCUGUGUAGCAAGGCAAUACUGUUAUGAUUUAAUUUUCUAUUUGAUAAUCAUUUUGGAUAACCAUAAACUUUAUCAUAUAUAGUCAACAUAUAUAUGGUAUGGUGUUUGGCAAUUGGCAUGUAGACACAUCAAUUGAAGCAUGCAUGUUUCUGUUAAUGCA